AUGGCAUUAGCGGCGAAAGGCGAGGGUCCAGCUAUCGGCAUCGAUCUCGGAACAACUUACUCUUGCGUUGCCGUUUGGCAACACGAUCGCGUUGAGAUCAUAGCCAAUGAUCAGGGCAACAGAACGACACCAUCGUAUGUUGCUUUUACCAAUAUUGGCCGUUUGAUCGGUGAUGCUGCCAAGAACCAAGCCACCAUCAACCCUACCAAUACUGUUUUUGAUGCAAAGCGAUUGAUUGGCAGGAAAUUUAGUGAUGCAUGUGUUAAGAGUGAUAUGAAAUUAUGGCCUUUCAAGAUUCGUGGGGUGGGUGACAAGCCUAUGAUUGUGAUCAACUACAAGAAUGAAAAGAAACAAUUUGCCGCUGAGGAGAUAUCUUCAAUGGUUCUCAAUAACAUGCGCGAAAUUGCAGAGGCCUAUCUUGGACUUACAAUAAUGAAUGUUGUUAUAACUGUACCAGCAUACUUCAAUGACUCUCAGCGACAGGCUACAAAAGAUGCUGGGGUGAUUGCAGGCAUGAAUGUGAUGCGUAUUCUUAAUGAGCCAACAGCCGCAGCUAUUGCAUAUGGUCUUGACAAAAAGGCUACGGCUAUUGGUGGUAAAAUUGUUCUCAUUUUCGAUCUUGGUGGUGGUACUUUUGAUGUUUCCCUUCUUAAAAUUGAAGAUGAGAUUUUUGAGGUAAAAGCUACUGCUGGAGAUACACAUCUUGGUGGUGAAGAUUUUGACAAUAGAAUGGUGCACCAUUUUGUGCAAGAGUUCGAGAAGAAACACUGGAAGGACAUUAGCAAUGACCCCAAAGCACUGAGAAGAUUGAGAACAUCUUGUGAGAGAGCGAAAAGGACUCUUUCUUCAACUGCUGAAACCACCAUUGAGAUUGAUUCUUUAUUCGAGGGUAUCGACUUCCACUCUAAAAUAACAAGAGCAAAAUUUGAAGAGCUCAACAUGGAUCUCUUUAGAAAAUGUAUGGAGACUGUGGAAAAUUGUGUGAGGGAUGCUAAAAUUGAUAGGGAAAUUGUUGAUGAUAUUGUUCUUGUUGGUGGAUCUACUAGAAUUCCCAAGGUACAACAGCUAUUGCAAGAUCUCUUUAAUGGUAAGGAGCUUUGCAAGAGCAUCAAUCCUGAUGAAGCAGUUGCAUAUGGUGCUGCCGUACAAGCUGCAGUUUUGCGUGGUGGAGUUGAGAAAAUGAUGAAGGAAGCAGAGAAGUACAAGUUAGAGGACCAGGAAUAUAACGAGAAAGUGAAGGCUAAGUCUGCAUUGGCAGACUGCAUAUAA